AUGGUUGAGUUGCCAUUGAAUUAUCACCGCAACUUUGACAAAAAUCAGUUCGUCAUGCAGGAGGACCUACAUGAGGACCCGUUCCCGCUCUCCGAAGGAAAUCCCAAGAGGAUUUUCGCUUUUAUGAAAAAAGGCGCAAAGCAAAAACAGCUAUCCGCGUUAGUUUUGCCGCGAGCUGGUAAAGCCGCGGCCGCACCGCAAGCGGCGAGAGUGGCGCCACCCAGCGCCUCCCCCGGAAACUGCACUCAGCAUCUCAGCCUCCGGCUGCCAAAUGGGGGACAGUGGCGGGACUGCUGGACAGCUGCCAACCUUCUCAAGGCUCGUGCAGCCCGAAGGGACAUGGGGACAUUGGGGCAGGUAGAACUUUCUACAUCCUUUCAAACCCCCAACCAGAGUCUUCCAUGCUUUUCGAACUGUCUCAACAAACAGCAGCUCCUCACGGCCAUCCGCCAGCUGCAGCAGGUGCUGAAGGGGCAGGAGACCCGCUUUGCCGAGGGCUUCCGCAGCAUGAAGAGCCAGCUGGCGGCGCUGCACCACUCGGUGGCCAGAGCGGGCCCGGACUCCCCCCCAGUGUCCUGCCCUGCUCUGAAUGCCCCCCCAGACGGCAGAAAGUUUGGAAGCAAGUACUUGGUCGAUCAUGAAGUCCAUUUUACCUGCAACCCUGGGUUCCGGCUGGUUGGGCCUAGCAGCAUGGUGUGUCUUCCCAACGGCACCUGGAGGGGGGAGCAGCCCCACUGUAGAGACAUCAGCGAAUGCUCCAGCCAGCCUUGUGAGAAUGGGGGGACCUGUGUAGAAGGAGUCAACCAGUACAAAUGCAUGUGUCCUCCAGGGAGGACUGGGAGCCGCUGUCAGCACCUGGCCCAGACAGCCGCCCCCGACGCCACCGUAGCCGGCGACUCCGCCUUCAGCCGCGCGCCGCGCUGUGCGCAGGUGGAGCGGACGCAGCACUGCAGCUGCGAGGCCGGGUUCCACCUGAGCGGUGCCGCGGCCGGCGACAGCGUCUGCCAGGAUGUGAAUGAAUGCGAGCUCUACAGGCAGGAGGGACGCCCCCGGCUCUGCAUGCACACCUGCGUGAAUACCCCGGGCUCCUACCGCUGUGCCUGCCCCAGCGGGUACCGGACACUGGCUGAUGGGAAGAGCUGUGAGGAUGUCGAUGAGUGUGUGAGCCCGCAGCUCGUGUGUCCCCGGGGGACCAUGUGCAUCAACACCGGUGGAGGCUUCCAGUGCGUCAGCCCGGAGUGCCCCGAAGGCAGUAGCAACGUGAGCUACGUGAAGACCUCUCCGUUCCAGUGUGAGCGAAACCCCUGCCCCAUGGACAGCCGACCCUGCCGCCACUUGCCCAAGACCAUCUCCUUCCAUUACCUCUCUCUGCCCUCCAACCUGAAGACGCCCAUCACGCUCUUCCGCAUGGCCACGGCCUCGGCCCCUGGCCGACCUGGACCCAACAGCCUGCGCUUUGGGAUCGUGGGCGGGAACAGCCGGGGCCACUUCGUGAUGCAGCGCUCAGACCGGCAGACGGGGGAGCUGAUCCUGGUCCAGACCCUGGAGGGGCCGCAGACGCUAGAGGUGGAUGUUGACAUGUCGGAAUACCUGGACCGCUCCUUCCAAGCCAACCAUGUGUCCAAGGUCACCAUUUUUGUGUCUCCUUAUGACUUCUAAGGCAGUUGGGGCAGGGAAGCAGGGGAGGGGGGUGUCACUGCGGUGCGGAGACCUGGGCUCCUUUUGCUUCCUCAGAGACCCGGCUGUGGGCCCUGACUGCGACAGCUGUCUCUCCUUUUCCUGCCUUGUCCUCACCCACCCGCCUCCCUGCCCGUGCCCCCUGACUUCUCGGGCAGUGCCGCACACUCUUCUGGGGAGCGGCAGAGAAGGGCAGCUACGGGACCCACGCUGCUGCUGUGAUGGUUUUUUGUUUUUUAUUUUUCUGCUUUAAGCUCUUCCCACAGAUUAUGCACUAACUUUCUCAAGUCUUCACAGAGAAGUGGGCAGUUUUUCAAAAUGCUGGCUGAAUGGCAUUGGAAGUUUGAACCAGUGAGGGAGGGACUAUGUGUUACGGUAUGUGUCUGUGAGGCCUGUCAGUCCUCUGUAUGGUUAGAGUCACGCCAUGUUACGAAGCAGUUCUGGUGUGCUGAACCAGUCCUGCCCCGCUCGUGCGGCAUGGGGAGUGGGUCUUCUGCCACCGCCCAGCACAACAUUCUUGUCUGCAUUCCUUCUGCGACACGCCGGGCAGCCUUUUCAUCAGAAAGCCAUGGCAGGGCCUGGAAUGCCCACACUGAUUCUUCUAGACCAAGGAAGCAACAUUAAAGCCUAAGCUCUGCUGGAAUUAAUUCCCCUUUGAGAAAUCGUAUCUCAGAAUGUGACCUGGUCUCGCAACUGAAGAAAUAAAGUCUGUUGCUCCUCCAUGCCCACCUAGCCUGUCCCAGCACACGAGUUAGCUCAGACCCUUCUAGGAAGGGAUACCUGGCUCUCUUCUGAUCUAGGCGGGACCCACUGAAAUAAAUGCACGAAAAAGAAACCACGGAGGCAACCUUGGGAUUGACGCAACAAUAGAAACUUGGCUGGGCCAAAUGGGAGAUUGGUAAAGCCACACGUGGCUGUGAUGAGCUUAAGAAAAGGCUUGAAUUUACAUUGAUUCUGGGGCCUCCUACUCCUGAUGUAGGAGCCAAGGGGCAGUGCCUUCCAGCUGACUGAGGAAGGCAAGCCCUGGCUGGGACAGGGGGCAGGGGUGGGUGGAUGGAGGAGACUGUUCACGUAAAAGCUUACGAGCCAGAUAAACUGAGAGGAGAUUUCAGUAUCCAAAUACAUGCUAAUCUAGGUGACGUUUCAUCAGACAUUUUAUUUUAAAAUUCCCUGUAUUUGUCUUGGUAUGAGAUGGAGCCAGAGGAAGUGUGUCACCCGUUUAGUGAUCGAGCCAUAUACCAAGACGUUUUCCAGGAAAAACCUAUCCCCUAUCCUUGUCUUAUUUUUUUCAAAGAGUGAGACACAGUCAAGAGCUGCUUUUGACAUGUUUCUUCUCCUGUAGCUCGGCUGCAGUCUCUCCCAACAACAGA